GAAAAAUUACGACCACACGCAUAACAUCAGCCGAAGAAGCUUCAUCAGCAGCAGCUGAGAGCAGCACUGGCAUUAGCGGCAAUACAAACAGACAAUUAUUGGUAACUGAUCAAAUUUCAUCAUCUACUUCGUCUUCUCAACCAGGGGAAGGUCUACCUCAUUGUUCUUCACCUCCAAGAAAAAUCAGGCGAAUGCAAAUCGGGUUUGGCGGAAUUGGUUACGGCAGUGGUUCAGAAGCCGCUGCAACUUUUGGCUCUUCACUUUCCUCAAUUAAAUCUGUUGGCCAACGCUUAAAAGACGCCUCUUCUAGAGGAAAUAAAGAUGUUAGUAUUGGAGGAACGGCAGUAGCACUUAAUGGGACUUGUGUGACAGCAAAAGGAAUUUUGCCACAAAAAGAACAACGAAAUUUACGUUUUCCGUUGGUCUUGACCGAAUUGCAAAAAAAUACUGUCAGAGUUAUUGGUCAAUAUUUACGUGAACUUGGAAUGCAUGAUACCGUUGAUUCUUUGGUAGAAGAGACUGGUUGUCGUAUUGAAAAUCCUCUUUCUAUGAAAUUACGAGAAUCUAUACAAAAUGCACAAUGGCAAAAGGCUUUAGAAUUAAUUGAAAAGAUUCGUUUUCAUUUAACCGAGAAACAAUAUUUUGCUGUACGGGUAAUUCUUUUGGAAGAGAAGUUCAAGGAAUUGGUUGCUCGUGGAGAGAAUUUAACUGCCCUUCGUGUACUUCAAAUCGAAUACCCAAAAUGUCAGGAACUUCGUUCUCGACUAGAACUUCUUUCAACACAAUUAUGUUCUAGUGCAGCUUCACAAAUCUUUCAAAGGGAAUGUGCUGACAGUGAAACAGUUAGCAUUCAUAUAUUAAAUGUCCUUAGAAGGUUAUUACCUCCAAGCAUUAUGUUGCCUCCAAAUCGCCUUCAAGAACUUUUAAAGCAAUCCUGGUUAUACCAAACAAAACAAUGCGAUCUACACGUGCUUUCGCGAGAACAAAAUGUUCUCGAUGAUAGAGCGAUUCUAGUCGAUCACCAAUGCUCUAGCCGAGAAUUUCCUUCAAAAAAUACUUGUACUCUUUAUAUGCACAAUGCAGAAGUCUGGUGUGUUAAAUUCUCCCCUUGUGGUCAUUUUAUCGCUUCUGGUGCUAAAGGAAAUCAAGUUUUGGUUUGGAAAGUAGAAAGUCCAACCAAAGUUAAUGUAUUCCAAAGUAUGCAAAUUUUACAGGAUGUCCAUGCAAUUGGGAGUAUUUCUUGGAGUUAUGAUAGUCGAUAUCUUGCCGUUUGUGCAGCAGAACAGCCAAACGUGACUGGCUGUUUUAUUUAUUAUGUGCCUAGUGGUCGUUUAGUUAAAGAAUAUACUCGUUUUACUGGAGAUUCUUUUGCUUCUGUUUCAUUUUUUAAAGACAAAAGCCACAAAUUGGCAUGUGCUGGCCAGAAAGGACAUUUCCAUGUUUAUGUGAGUUUUUAG